AUGUGCAAUCAUGGCUCUUGUGUUUCUAGCAUUGACAAGUUGACCGGUGCAUUAUACCUGGGAGAUUUAGUUCAUCGAGAGCUUUCCCAACUGGUAUUGGACCGUGUCCUUUUUGAUGGCCACCCUUGUGAGAAAGUGGACGAGCCUGACACGUUCCCUACGAAAUACAUCAGUGAAAUACUAGCUGAACAAGAAGGCAGCUACAAAGCGUGUCGUCGUAUAUGUGAUGAGCUCGACGUGCCUAUGCAUGGUUCCAGUGACUAUCACAUAAUUCGUGGAGUUUGCUAUGCUGUGUCAAAUCGUAGUGCAGCUAUCGUCGCAGCAGGUCAGUAUUCGUAUCUAACAGCCUACUGUGUCUCAGGGAUAAGGAGUGCACCUACAGUCUGCCUACCUGGAUUAUGA